GUACUCGUCAUCCAUGUGCAGAUGGUGACAUCUCACUAGAACUACACAUCCUCAUCAACGCGGUGCGAUGGAGUCAACAGUGAGGGAAGUAGUAUCCGACUUCCAACUUUCAACUCUCAGGUUCCAGUGUGCGCAAUCCAUUGCGCUCACUGACUGGCAAUGCCGCCUCUCUAAUGGACGGUGUCGUAGACUCGUGAGAAAUGCCUUCUUGACGCCAUCUCGACCACUUAAAAAGGCAUAUCUGUCUCUGUUAUCUCUUAUCUAUCAACCAUUUCAAAACCGCAAGACCACUAUCAACUUCAGCCCCAUCACUAUCGCAUUCCCAUCAUGGUUGGCAUCACCAAUGACUUCCUGGCAACCUAUGCGGCCGAUGCAGGAAUCCCCAAGACCGCAUCCCCUCUUCCGCGAUAUAACAACCGCCACUACAACAUCAUCGUGGUCGGAUUAGGCCAUCGAGGCUACAAGACCUUCUUCAAAAACCUCAUCGACAGCCCAUCCAUCUCCAUCACGGCCGCAUGUGACGUGGACCCGGUCAAACGGCAAGUCGUCACUGAAAAGCACCCCAAGAUCCCCGUCUACAGCUCGCUCGAGAAACUUCUCCAAACACACAAGCCUGACUUUGCCAUUGUCGCUGUGCCCCAUCGCUUCCAUGCCGAUUGCACUCUCACCCUUGCCCAAGCGGGCAUUCCGAUCCUCAAGGAGAAGCCCGCUUCAAACUCGCUGGCGGAAUAUCAGCAGCUCGUCAGUCUCCCAGUGAGGAUGGGAGUGACGUUGCAGAAGCGCUUUGAGCCUCGCUUUGUGCAUUUUCGUAACUUCCUGCCGCUGGUCGGCGAGGUAGUUUCGGUCAGAGCGACUAUUGCUGUGAAUUGCAUGCAGCCAGAUGACGCGGACUGGCGAGUUGAGGAUGAGGUUGGCGUUGCUGAGGACAUGGGCAGCCACAUGCUGGACAUGAUGGUCUGGCUCUUUGGCAAGCCGUCAUCCCUCGUAGGCUACAAAUCCAAUCUGACCCCCCAUCGCCCAACCGUCAGAGAUGACGUCUCCCAGGUCAUCAUGCAGUGGAAUGAAACCAACAUCGUCGGGCACCUAUACAGCUCCCGACGCGCGCACCGCAAGGAGGAAUCGAUCGUCGUCGCCGGCACAACUGGCACCCUCUGUCUGGACGACAACACCAUCACGCAUUUCGAUUCCCACGCCAAACAGACCCUACAGCUGACCGACUCGCUCGAUAAGACCGCCAUCAUCCGCAACAUGUGUGAACAAUUCGGCGAUUACGCAUACGGUUUGGCUGAGUAUCCCACUUCGUUGGCGAACCUCGCCGAUACCGUCGCCAUUGUCGAGUCUGCCAAAGCGUCUCUGGUUAAUCGCAGCGUCGUGGACGUCGCUUCAUUCUCCCCCAAAGUGCCUGGUGCUGUUCCAAGUCCCCGUAAGGAGCAACAACUUGUCAAUGGCCAUGGACCUAAGCCCAAGCCCAAAGCCACCGACCAGCGCUUUACCCUGAAUACGGGCGCCAAAAUGCCUGCAAUUGGGCUGGGCACUCGUAAGCCCAAGAAGCCUGCCCAGGUGUACCAAGCAGUUCUGGCCGCGUUGAAAGCAGGUUAUCGGCACAUUGACACGGCGUAUUCCUACCAGAACGAACAUCAGGUCGGGCAGGCUAUUAGGGAUUCUGGCAUUCCCCGAGAUCAAAUCUGGAUCACCACCAAGUUGGACAACCGAUGGCAUAAUCGAGUGGAAAAGGCCAUUUCUACCUCUCUCGAUUCGCUGGGGACUGACUAUGUGGACCUCUAUCUCAUGCAUUGGCCAUCAUCCACUUCUCCCGAUGAUCCGUUGAAGAGUAUUCCCGACUGGAACUUUAUCAAAACAUGGGAGGAAAUGCAAAAACUCCCCGCAUCUGGACGAGUUCGCAAUCUCGGCGUUUCCAACUUCAACAUCGUCAACCUGGAAAGACUGAGCCACGAUCCAUCAUGCAAAAUCGUUCCUGCUGUUAAUCAAAUUGAGCUCCACCCGUACUGGCCAUCGCAGGGCCUGCUUCAAUACUGCUCCCAGAACAACAUCCACUGCACGGCUUAUUCUCCACUGGGCUCAGGCAAAAUGUCUGAUCUGUAUGAGGAGAAAUCACUCUUGGAUAUUGCCGAAAAGCACAACAAAACACCGCAACAGAUACUCAUCAAAUGGGGCCUCCAGAGAGGCUACAGCGUCAUCCCAAAGAGUGUCACCGAAGAAAGAAUCAUCGCCAACUUUGCCCUCAACGACUGGCAACUGGCAGAUGAGGAGAUCAACGCUCUACUCAGUAUUGGGAAACGGUCCAAAAUUAGCAAGGAUAACUGGCUCCCUCAACGAGUCUUUUUUAGUGAGGAUGCUUGAUUUUUCAUUGACGGCUAUAUGGUUCAUUUGAAUAUCGUUCAGCCCGAACAAUUGGUGUAUACCUUAUGCAUUAAGUGAAAAGGAUAAAUUAGAUUGAGAAUGAAAAGGAAUAAAAUGAAAAUGAAAACAACUUGAAAUAGAGAAUGGGGAAUUCUCUUGCUUGUUGGG